AUGUAAAGGAAAAACAAGCUAUUUUUGUAAACUACCAUGUACAUUAAAAUAUUGCGGGGUUAUUUCCGCGGUCAAGGGCGCUGGCAAUAUAACAUUUGUCAGAGAAAGUUAAACACGGCACGAUUGUUAAACUCCAGAACAAUCAAAUUCCGCUAUAAAAUGUUUCUUCAAAAGACAAGAAAGCGACGCGAAGACGACCAAAACUAACAUAAAGGAAACUUAUUUCAUACCAUUACUUUUAAACCACUGAACUGGAAACUUAUUUUCAUUUUAGCAAAGAGGUAUGGACAUUCAUUUACUGUGGGUUUCGUACUUUUUAAUUCGGCAGGAACGUCUUUUCAGUGGCCAUCUAUUAGUAUAACGAAUAAAAUACUUUCCUCUUUCCGUUUUCAGAUCUAGCAUAAUAAUGUACUCUAACGCCACGUAUGUCACGUCAACAAAUGUUACCCGUUAUAUACCGAGUUUAUUGACUGGUGCAACAGUUAUCGCAGCUGACGGACUCAUUGCAAUCGUAGGAACGCUGGGAAAUGUGCUUGUAUUAACAGUAAUUUUCGUUCACAUUCGUUUCUCCACCGUUUCCAACAUUUUAAUCGCGAAUUUGGCUUUGGUUGACUUACUCACUGCGUUCGCGUUAAUACCAGGUGAUAUCUACCGGCACGUGUGCGAUCGAAUGGGGUACUGUCACGUGAACAAGACGUUAGUGUUGAUGCAUCGUAUACUAGCUCAGUUUGUGGUCACCGCUGCUUCAACGAGUCUAUUUGUCAUCGCCAUGGAACGCUUCAUCGCCAUUGCUUUUCCAUUUCGUUACAAAUCAUUGUUCACGCGUAAGCGUGCCAUUACAUGUGCUGUCCUAACUUGGACCUUGGGCACACUAAUUACUGGCAUUUUCCACGGUUUGAACAUUGUAUACAUUCAAAUUAUUUACUGCAUACUUUUAAUACUUGUUACAUUCUUCCUCUACAUAUACAUUUUCUCCAUUGCCUUAAAGCACGAGAAAAACAUCGCUGCAAUGCAGAGCAGUCUUAGUCCUCGGAACGCUCAACUCCCAUGGGAACGCAAGUCUGCCAAGACCAUGGCUAUGGUACUGGGCGUGUACGCACUUUGUUGGGUUCCUUCCGUAGCAUUUUACUCUGUGGUCCAAACGGAUGACUGGUUAUAUCCCAGAAUGCAUUUCUGGAUCAACACCGUGUACUAUUUAAAUGCCGCGUUGGAUCCUUUUAUUUACUGUGUUCGGAGUGAGAAGUUUCGUAAGUCGGUAAAAAAGCUUUUCAAAUCAGUGAUUAGUGCUCAUUCUUAAAGAGGCAAUGUCACUGCAGCUACCGGGAUACCUCAAAACUUCUCAAAAACUUCAAAGGAGCUCAGUCACGGUUUGCAGAUAUCGAAAAGUUUAGCCUCAAUUUUUCAAAUUCGUCGUUUGUAAUCCGUGUGAAUCUUCUCCAUCCUUAGCCAUCCUUGUUCCUUUAUGGUUUAUCAUUAUCUCUUUGGUGUUUUUCUACCUUAUUAAACUGUUAUUUUCAGGUUUCCU